AUGUAUAUAUUAAUUUCUCCACAGUGUUUUUGCAGAUCAAAAACUAGAAAGAAAUCAUGGUUUGAAGCUCGAGAUUUUUGCAGACAAUUAGGAGGGGAUCUGGCCACCAUUAACACGAAGGAGGAGUCACCAUUACUAAUCAAAGCAAUAAGAACCACUCACUGUGGGUGGGAAGCAGUUUGGCUUGGUAUAUUUUCCUUGAACCCAGAUGAAGGAUUUGCCUGGAGUGAUGGCUCUCCAGUGAGGUACACAAACUGGGAUGAUAGUUCAAGGAAUUCAGGACGACGCAAGUUUUGUGGCUCAUUACAUUAUGCAAGAUAUUCUGAACGAUGGUCUCUCUUGGUGUGCCAAGUACAGCAAAACUGGGUCUGCCAAAUAAAACAAGGAGCGUCAUUAAAACCUGAACCCAUUGACACAUAUGAAUAUAAAACCACUGCAGAUGGAUGGGUCAUAUAUGAAGAUAAGCUCUACUAUAUCAGCAAAGAACAGGUUUCCAUGGAAAGAGCCCAAGAGUUUUGCAGGGAGAAUUCUGCAGACCUAGCUGUUGUUAAUAGUAACAGUGAGAGAAGGUUCCUAACGAGAGCACUGAAAGAAAAUGAGAGCUACCAGAGAGAGCAAAUAGGUUACUUCAUUGGUCUAAGAGUGAGCCUUGAUAAAAAGUUCAGCUGGAUGGAUGGAACUCCAGUAACCUAUGUGGCCUGGGCUCCUAAUGAACCCAACUUUGCAAAUAAUGAGGAAAAUUGCGUGGUAAUGCUGUCAGAGCAUGGCUUAUGGAAUGACAUUAACUGCGGUUCUGCCAAUAAAUUUAUAUGUGAAAAACAUAACAGUUCUAUUAAUUCAACAUUACCUUCUCCAUUGCCUCCCGGAGGAUGUCCAGAAAGUUGGAUAUUUUUUAACAACAAGUGUUUCAAAGUAUUUGCUUCCAAUGCAACAAGAACUCUCAUGUGGCAUGCUGCACGAGAUGUUUGCUUCGAUUUGGGAGGAAACCUGGCUGCUAUACCAAAUGAACAAGUGCAAGCUUUCCUUUUCUAUCAUUUGAAGUAUGCCACAACUAAUGUUUGGAUUGGGCUGAAUGAUAUCAACAGAGAGUCCACAUUCCUUUGGACAGACGGAAGCUCUGUUUCCUACACCAACUGGGUUAACGAUGCACCAGGAAAACAGCAAAGCUACUUUGACUUUUAUGAGUUUGAAAUGUUGACAGAUGAUACUCUGGAGACAGACUGUGUCUUCAUCACGAAGUCAGAUGGGAAAUGGAAAGAUGAUAGCUGUGACAAUGAAAGAGGCUACGUGUGCCAGAUGAAUUCACUUCCCUCACAGCCUGAAGUACCAACAACAAACCCAGCCUCUGGCUUUACUCGUUAUGGUGACAGUAGCUAUUCAAUAGUUUCAUCUGAAAUGCAAUGGGAAGAGGCCAGAAAAAAUUGUCAAGACAAAUCUGCAGAACUUGCCAGCAUUUCAGAUGCCUACAUCCAUUCAUUCUUGUGGACCCAGAUGCUGAAAUAUGGAAAACCUGUAUGGAUUGGUCUUAACAGCAAUAUGACUGGUAGCUAUUAUAAAUGGACCAAUAACUGGAAAACCAGGUACACAAAAUGGGCAGCAGGGGAACCAAAGGAGAACAAUGCUUGUGUUUACCUCGAUCUUGAUGGUACUUGGAAAACAGCAUCUUGCAAUGAAAGCUACUUUUCAGUUUGCAUGAUAUCAGAUGAGAUAGCUCCUACUGACCCUGCUGAGCUGCCUGGAGACUGUCCUGAAGCAGAUGAGCUCCAAGCUUGGAUCCCUUACCAUGAUCACUGCUACUACCUUGAAGCAUCAGCUGGGAGAACCUGGGCACUGGCAUCCCUUGAGUGUGCUCGCUUAGGAGCUUCCUUGGUUUCAGUAGGAAACAUGGAUGAAUCUCACUUUCUGACUAAUAAAAUUCAACCACUUGGAAAUAAAGUAGGAGGCUUUUGGAUAGGACUUUACAGGAAUGUGGAAGGCCAGUGGUUGUGGCUAGAUAAUGCUGUCCUGGACUUUGUUAACUGGGAAGAGAAAACGUUCAGUGAGGACCAUCAGUGUGUGGAAAUAACUGCACCAUCUGGCUAUUGGGACAAAAGUGAUUGCUCUGCUGAAAAAGGAUUUAUCUGCAAAAAACCCAAAGUUGAGCCAAAUGGGAGUCCUAUAAAGCAAAAAGGCAAGGAAAAGAACGAAGGGACUCGCCCACCUGUUCAUGUCUCUGUUUGGCCACUCAUUUUCUUGGCUGUUCUAACUGUUUUUGGAGCGGGCAUGGCAGCCUAUUUCUACAAAAGAAAAAGACAAAACCAGCUCUCAACAGAUUCUGGCAGUGAAACACUAUUAAAAUGAUGUAUUGGUGACUGAAGAAUUGGUAAGAAUGGGUCCUGUGGCACGUUGCUUGGAGCAGCAAGUUACUGAAAUUUUAAAGUUUGAUGUUAUAGUGUCAAGGUGUUCUCAAGUGCCUUAGCAAGGAUGGUCAUAC